AUGAGCAGGAAGAAGAUGAAGAUGAAGUUGCAGCUGAUGGGGAACAAGGCCGCCCGGAGGCAAACCUUCAGGAAGAGGAAGAGCUGUCUCGUGAAGAAAGCCGGUGAACUGAGCGUCCUCUGCGAUGUCCAGGCGGUCAUGAUCAUCCACAGCCCCUACGAGCAUGGAAUCCAAAUCUGGCCCUCCAAAGAGGAGGCCUCCUCGCUCCUCAGGAGGUUCCUCAGCAUGCCGUCGUACGAGCGCAAGAGGCACGGAAUGGAUCAGGAGGCCUUCCUCCGGCAGCAGAUAAACGUGCUAAGCAGCAAGGUUGAGAAGGAGGAGAAGAAGAACCAGGAGCUCGAAUUGGAGUAUCUCGUGGGCUGGUUCCUCGGUUGCGGGGAACGAGCUUUGAAGCAGCUCACUUACGACGAGCUAAGCCAUCUACACCUCAUGGUGGAGGCGAAGCUGGAGGAGGUCCAGGCGACGAUGAACGCCCUUCUCCUUCAUCAGCAGACACCGGGCGGCUUCCUGUGCCAUGCGGCAGUGGAGGGGGAGCCUAAUAAUAUGCUUCCGCAUGGGCUCCCGAGUUUCUACGGUUCCGUCGAAGAGAGGAUACGAGCCUUGAGUGGACCAGACUGGCAGAGGGAGAUGAUGACUUCCCCAUCGCUACCUUCCAUUUCGACGCUUGCACCAUCUUCCUCCUUCCCUCCCUUGAUGAGCUAG